UGCUGGGUGGCUGGGGCACGGGAGCUGGGGACCACCUUUGCUGGGUCUUGGCCCUGUACAAUCAGCAGCAGUGUCUCCUGGCUGGGCACUUGCUGGGGCUGGGAAAGCAGCUCGGGACCAGACACCUGGGCAUCCCAAAGGUAUAGAACAUGGGAACUCGGACCCCACAUAGUGCUGGGGACGUGAACUGUGCAUUCCGCCAGGGAGGGGGCAGGGAGGCACGGAGAAGGGGAGGAGGGCAGUACUGGAGCCGGAUGACAGCCCUGGGUGGCAUAGAAACUGGUCCCUGCAGCAUGAGGAGCAACAGCCUAGAUGCUGUGCUCUCUACAUGCCCUCUCUGCACAGGCAGCGGUGAGGAACUUGGGUGCUAUGGGAAGGGUCCGGUACUGGAGACAGGGCUGGUAAGAAGAAGGCUUAGGGUGAGGACAGCAGCAUGGAGGACCACACUGAGUGAGGCAUGGGAGUAGAUCUCAGACUCAGCCUUCCACACAGGUUGCCCAGAGGCUGGGUUGCUGUCCUUCAGGUGGCUGUCCUUGGACAAGGAUGCAAGGGAGUCCUUUCCUGGCUAGACACAGGUUUACCCAGCUGUGGGUGAAGCCUCCCUGGUGGGUGUGUGACUGGAGGUGGAUGAAGGAGCUGGGUCUUGCAGCAAUUCCUUGCAAGCUCCAGGCCCUACUUCUAGCUAAUCUGAGGGCCAGACAGGGAACCAGUUUCACAAGAACCCUCCCAGGGUGUCCCACUGCUACAUACCCAGCCUUUUGCUGCAGGUGGCCGGAUGCCUUGGUAGAGCUGUGCACUCAGCUUAAUGGUCCAUGGGCGGCCAGGCCACAUCUACCUGGCUGCUUUACCCUUGGGGACACAGACCCCUGAGUUGGGCUAGGACAGUGGCUCUCUCAGUACCCCUGAGGCCCCUUUUGACAAGGCGGGAUUCUGACCAAGAAUGUGCAGUUCAAAUUCCUGCAGGGCCAGGAAGGUCUAGGGCUAGGUUCCAAUUGGCUCCCCACUACCCAGCUGUCUGCAUUUCCAGAGGAGGGGAGUGAUGUUGGCCCCAGGCUGUCCGGGCUUGUUGGCCACUGCCUCCUGUGACUCAGACUGACAGGCCGGCAGCUUAGAUAACUACUGCGGGUGGGGGAGGGGAGGAAGCUGAGCACGUGGUGGUGGGCGGGGGAAGUCCAGCUGGCGGGGAAACCCAACAGUAGCUUCCAGGCGGCCAAGAGGAGCCCAGCACUUCCCACCCCCACCUCCCCACUAGCAGAAAGUCUCAGAGCUGCCAAAAGAGGGAGAGCAGGAAAGCCAGGCCCCGGGUGGCUGGGGAAGGAGGGAGGCUUCUUAAUCAACCUAUCUGAUUUCUUUGGGGUGUGGCUGGAAGCAGGGUGUGGGACCCAGGGCUGACUGCUCCUGUUCCGAUUCCCCAGACACAAGGGCUGAGGGGCCACAGCCGGGCCAUAGGGCAGGGAGCAGGGGACCAGUGCACAUGAAAUGGCUGUGGCAUCUGGGGAGCUCUGGGCGUGGGAACAGGAGGAGGGAGUGGGACAGAGGCGAUGUGUACCCUCUCUGGGCCUUCUUCCUUCUGCCCCAGGUCAGGCCUCCCCAUCCCUGCCCGAGGCCUCAGGAGCGAAUGGUGGGAGCCAGUUCCACAGCCUCAGCAGACUUGCUCAGUUCACUCAUGUGGGAGAGCAGCUCCUGAGAGGGGUGACUCAGGGGGCUUCCCUGCUCCGCUCCCAUUCUGACAAGGGAAUACAAGAGCAGGAAGUGGGAGUGAGAACGGGCAGGUGUUCUGAAGUGAGCCAGGAGGGCACAUGUCUGUUCUAAGUACAAAUAUAGAGUGUUAGAACCCACUUCCUUGUUGCCUGGGCAGUGUGUGUUCUGGGGGAAUGGGCAGGGAAGAGAUUUGGAGUGUUUCCUAGAAGGGCCCAUGGCCAGACAGGUGGCAGCAGCCUAGGGCACACGAGAAGCCUCCCUGCGGUCCUGUCCAACAGAAUCCUGGGCCCCUUCUGCACAGGGCUCAGGCUGGCUUUCCCAGCUCUCUCAGCUCCCGGGGGGGGGGGGGCUAUAGGCUUCACUGCUCUGCAGAAGGAAGGGCAUGGUGGACAGUAGACUGUGAAGGCCCUUCUGCAACUCUGGACUCUGGGUCUGGAAUGCUAGGGGAGCAGAGGCCUUGAUGCAGGGUGAGGAGCACACGGUAGGCAGCCACCCUAGCCCAGGAGUCAGGAAGCCCAAGAGGCAUGAAUUGGCUGGCUGGCUUGCUUGGACGCUUGACUGGAGGAAUGAAGACAGAGGGGCUUGGAGGAAGGGCACAGACCCCAGACAUGGGGUGAGUUUGUUGGUUUCUAGCAGGAGUCUGAGCCAACUGUCUACAGGAGAGAUGGAAGGGGCAGGUAUACCCUGGCCACCCUAGCCCUGACCCUCCACAGCGAAUGAGAACCGUCGGACUGUUCCAAACUAGAGGGCUGAGGCAGGCGCCCCAAAGGGGAGGCUCUAGCCAUCCUCCCAAGUCCCCACUCAGCUAGGCAGGAGCAUGUGGAGCCUUCUGCUCCUCCUGCUUCCUCCCGCUUCAUUACUCCUUCCCCUGGUGCCAGUCCCUGAGCCUGCAGCCUGCCCUCUCUUACCUCAGCAUCCAGCCCAGCUAGGGAGGUUUCCCUGGAUUUGUCACCACCACACCCGUGUCGUUACUGGAAAGAGGGGAGGCUGGGAGUGGUGAGCUGGUGAGUUGUUCCUUCAUGGAUGGGGAAGGGGGAAGAAUUGCUGUCCUCUCAGCUCCAGUAAGAUAGUGGAUGAGGGAACACUGUCAGCUGUAAAGGUCUGUUCCUGCCUCUGCCUUCCUCCACCAGGAGCGCUAUAUGUGAGCAGCUGAGGGAAUAGGACAGACCCAGGAGCUUAUAAGGGUAACUGAGUCAGUAGUUUUGUUGCCAGACAGCUUGAGAUCAGAUCUAUAUUCUUCCAUUUACUAAGUUUAAGCACGUUGCUUGAUUUCCUGUGCCUCAGUUUCCCCAGCUACAAAAUGUUGUUAAUAAUACUACUAAUCUUAGAGAGUUGUAUGAGCAUUAAAAACACUAGGUAGGUGUUCGUAGCCAUUGUUUCUUCAGGAAACCAAGGUUUCCUGAAGGAGGUGCUAACAUCAAUGCCCUGGCCUCUGCCCAGGUCCCAGAUAACAGGCCUAUGGAUCCUCCAGGCUCACCUGGGCCCAUGCUUUGCCUCCUGGGUGACUGUCCCCAUGUGGAAGGUACCAGUCUAGUACUCCUCAGACUUGAACAUUGACCCAAAUUGUCUGGGAUCUUGAAAUGGAGAUUCUGACUCUGUAAUCCUGGGUGGGACCCAAGAUUGGGUAUUUCUAAAAGACUCUCAGGGUAGAUGGCUGCUGGUACAGGGACUACACUUUGAGUAGCAAGGGGCAAGGUCAAACCCCAUGUUCCUGGUCCUCAGGGGCUCCCCAGUUGACUGUAUUUAGCUCCUCAGCCCCAUUCACUAACGAGGAACCCAGUGAGUGAGACCACUGGGACCCAGCUCCUUCUGGCUGAUCUGUCUCUGAGACUAGGACAAGAACCCAGCAAGCAUGAGUAACGGGUCUAGUACUCCAAACUGAUGCUGCUGAGACGCUAGAGAGGGGGUUCUUCGGGCAGGCCCUCUAUUCCCACCCUGCAUAGGAACCCCCUACUGUUAAUUUAUGGCAAAAGCUGGCUAGCGCUGCUCCCCUAGCUGCUCUUCAGCUUCCCAAUGUAGGUCACCCCUUUCCUGAGGAUGCUCGGCUUCUCAGGGGCAGGAAGGCCCUUUGGUUGGAGGUGUGUGGGUGGACACAGGGCCGAAGGGCUAGGAAGUGCUGGUUACCCUCCAUCCCCUUGAGGGUUGGAGGCUCUGGUGUCCAAUAGGAAGCCUAGGGGCAGGAACCCAGAGAGCAUAGGGGUCUCCUCAUGGACCUGGGGCUUUCUUUGCUCACAUUUCUCCAAAGCACUCCAGUUAACGGUGUCCAGCUGCCUCACUAGACCAUGCCAUGGGUCUGCCAUAGGUCAUAGGGUCUGGCCCAUCCUAUUUCAUGCACAGGGCAUCCUGUUCAAGGGUAGGGAUGGGGUGUCAGGCCCUGCACUCAAGGCUACCUGCUCUGCUGACUGGCUGUUUGCUGGUGGAGACCUGGCCUCCUCAGAGGGACUGACAUUGAGUAGGUGGGUUGGGAAUGAAGAGCCUAUUAGGGUAGGCAGGAGCCUCAGGAAGAAGUGGGGUCUGAGGAUGUCUGGGAGGGUCACUCUGUGGCCUGUGCCCCUGUAGGGAGCCGGAAGGAGUAAGAGCCAAGGCUGGACUGGCUUUCUGCCUCCCCAUGGCCUGAGCAUAGUAAGUGUCCUGGGUGAGCAUCUCUUUCUGCUGCACCUGAGAAGUCCCAGACUGCUGCCAGCAAGGCGUGAGUGUGUGCAUGUGUGUGAGUGUGUGCUUGUGCUAGCACAUGCCUAGUUGCGCAGCUCUCCAUGAGGGUGUGUUUGCACUACAUGCUGACUGUGGCACUUAGAGCGUGUGUCUGGAAGGCCAGUGGGUGUGAACUCCACUUCGUGCACACAUUAGUAUUUCCCCCAUAAGGGCCACUUCUGGAUAACAGGCGCUGGGGAGCGGAGGAGUAGCCUGACUCAGAAGCCUACUAUCCAGUCCAUGACUUUCCGUGUGACCUUGAGCAAACUGCCUGGCAACUCUGUUUCUUGGGUGGCAGCUGACCUGCCUACUCUUUCACAGAUGCAAUGAGCUCUCCAUGUGGGGGCUUCUGAUUGAGCCCUGAAGGUCAGGGCUCAGGGGACACAGAGACUGUGGACGCUGCUGUCUGUGAGGGUGGGUGGCAGCACAUACUGAAUGCAGUGAGCAUGCAGUGCUGUGAGCACCAUGUGACAGUCCCCAGCCUGAGGGUAGUGGGAACAGAUAAGAAGAUGUUGCAUAAUCUGCCACUGUUCCCUCCCCAUGGGGGAGGCACUGGUGUUUGCUCACACUUACGAGUUCGGAGUCCAAAGUAGGAGCAUUCACCUAAACUUUUAAGGUGAUGUACACUCAGUGUAUGUUAACUCUUAAAUCCCACCAUGAAGUAUCAAGACCAUCACUUUGAGAAAUAAGAAAGCUGAAGCCCAGAAAGUUUAAGCAGCUUGUUUGAAGGAGUGGCCAGAUGGAUUUGAGCCCAGAGCCUCCCCACCUGCGAAUCUGAGCCGGAGCACGCUGGUCCUGGCCCAGAGAGGACUGGAGAUGGAGAACCAGCGGCCCUAACUGCUGAGUGCUCAGGAUCCACUCAGAAGGCCGGCUGCUGCAGCAUGAACCCCUGAGCUGAUGAGUCUUAUUAUAGACUGGCUGGUGGAAGACAGAGCAUCGCGAUUCACCUCCAAACGGCAGUAGGGGGCUGCUGGUGGCUCACACCCAACCAGCCUGCCAGCAGACACUGUGACGGGUCUGUUUUCCACCUCCCUGGGGCCAUGGACUGACAAGCAGCACACACCAAGGGGCACCUCUCUGCCCAGAGCCGUGGAGAGCUCCGAGUUCACCAUGCUGGCGCUGGGCAAUGGCCCUGAGCCCAGGACCCGGCGGAUCUCCUGGAUCACCUGCUGGAUUGCUCUCUGUGCUGUGGAGGCCCUUCCCACUUGCCCUUUCUCCUGCACCUGUGACAGCCGAAGUCUGGAGGUGGACUGCAGCGGCCUAGGUCUCACCACAGUGCCCCCAGAUGUGCCUGCAGCCACCCGAACCCUCUUGCUCUUGAACAAUAAGCUGAGUGCCCUGCCAAGCUGGGCCUUUGCCAACCUGUCCAGCCUGCAGCGGUUGGACCUGUCCAACAACUUCCUGGACCAGCUGCCCAGCUCUGUUUUUGAGGACCUGGCCAAUCUGACAGAGCUGCAACUGCGCAAUAACAGCAUCAGGACCCUGGACAGGGACCUGCUGCAGCACUCGCCCCGACUCCGCCACCUGGACCUGUCCAUCAAUGGCCUGGCCCAGCUGCCCCUGGGGCUGUUCGAUGGACUCCCUGUUCUUCGCUCCCUUUCGCUUCGCUCCAACCGGCUGCAGAGUCUGGACCGGCUGACAUUCGAGCCCCUGUCGAGUUUGCAGCUACUGCAGGUUGGGGACAAUCCCUGGGAGUGCGACUGUAACCUUCGAGAGUUCAAGCACUGGAUGGAGUGGUUCUCCUAUCGAGGGGGGCGCCUGGACCAGCUUGCCUGCACCCUACCCAAAGAGCUGAGGGGGAAGGAUAUGCGCGUGGUUCCCAUGGAGAUGUUCAACUACUGCUCCCGGCUGGAGGACGAGAACAGCUCAUCUGGGCUGGAUGCUCCUGGGCCACCCUGCACCAAGGCCAGCCCAGAACCUGCCAAGCCCAAGCCUGGGGCUGAGCCUGAGCCAGAGCCCAGCACAGCCUGCCCCCAGAAGCAGAGGUAUAGGCCAGUGAGUGUGCGGCGAGCCAUUGGCACAGUGAUCAUUGCAGGAGUUGUUUGCGGCAUCGUGUGCAUCAUGAUGGUGGUGGCUGCUGCCUACGGCUGCAUCUAUGCCUCCCUCAUGGCCAAGUACCACCGCGAGCUCAAGAAGCGCCAGCCCCUGAUGGGGGACCCUGAGGGUGAGCAUGAAGACCAGAAGCAGAUCUCUUCUGUGGCCUGAGAGCCCACCUGCCUGGCCAGGUAGGAGGGGUAGGGAGAGCACAACGGCGGUUGCUCUGGAGAGGCUGGUCCUUCCCCUCCAUCAUAGUCCCUGCCUUGGCUUGACACUGGCCACUGCCUCUCCCAAUUCCCUGCAGCCCUCCAGCGGAGCAGCUGCAGUGUGGUCAUCUCCAUGAACUUCCGAGUCUCCGUGGAGGCCACCAAAUCUCUGGAGCACCUGAGGACUCUCUCGGAACUUCUGGCCACAGGGAAGAAAAGAUGUGUGUGCAAGAGGAGCCCUGUCACAGCCGGGUGACUCUUCCUUCCCCUCGCUCAUUCCCACUGCCACUGCACUUAGGGUUUAGGGAGCAAGGGAUAUGGGAGCCAGGGAUAGAUUUUUGUGGCUUUUUUUUUUUUUUUUAAACUAGAGAGAUAUUCUUAAACUUCCUGCAGCGGAAAGCUGGGUCCAACUUUCAACAGUGUACUAAUGUGCAAACUCCAAACAAUAAUCUCGACCCAGUACUUAGAAACACAAUGCUGUGAUUACAACAUCCUCCCUUGGCAAUGCCGUUAGGUCCCUGUGUCUGCUGUAGACCACACCGACCACACUGCUCCUGAUUUCACUCACUCUCACACACGUGCUGGACACCUUCGGCACAGAUGGGGUCUCCUUGGGUCUCUCGCCCCCAGGCCGCAGAACCUCCUGCUUGCUGACCGCAGUCUUCUCCAGUCAAUUGGGCGGCGGGGAGGGGAGGGAGGAUCCCAAAUCAAUAACUCGCUGGGUUCCUUUGAGAUCCUCUAAAGUGGGCCACAGUGGUGCUGCUGGAUAAGCCUGUCCAUCACCAUGGCAACCUGCUCACACCUCUCCUGCUGGGUUUUCCAGGGACCUGGCCCAGAGGCCUGGAGGCUGCUGCCUAUGUAAAUGGCAGCCUCUCCAGAGCUCAGCCACAUAUUAUGGGUGUUUCCUCUGAGCUGCCGGUUCAUCCUCAUUGUCAGGCCCCAGGGAACACCCUCCACCUUCAGCUCUGUAGCCUGCAACCUCAGCUCUGCUCCUCUGCCCCCCCCCCCCGACUCCCUCCAUCUCCAGUUUCCUCUGCCUGCAACCUCAGGGCUGGCACUGAACUGUGCUGUGGUCCUCCUUGGGGAAGCAGGUGGCAGACAGAUGGCACAGUGGCCCUUGCAGAGGCUCAAGGCUUACCAAUACAUCGCUAACAGAUACCAGGAGCAGGGACAGGACUGCCACAUCCCGUGCAGAGGAGCCCUCAGCACUGAGGCCUCUUCCUGGGUGAAGAUAGUGGUUUGUUUACUUAACAGGGCUUCUAAUUGCAGCUGGACUGUGGUCUAAACCAGAGGGUGGGCCAGGGACAGAGACACCUGCCCGAGUCAGGUAGAUUUCAGGGUAUUUGCCUCCUGUUCUAGGCUGCCUCCUCCUUAGGAGUCUGAUGUCUGGUGAGUACCUGGGUCUCCCUCUGCUGGACCCCACUUCCUCACGCUCAGAGAGGGUCAGGAGGUGCCAGGUUGGCUUCUGGCUCUAAGGCGGGGCUCUUUGGUGAUAGCACAGGAAGAGGCCAGCUAGACUCUGAAGGUGUCAGAGCAGGACAGGGUAAGUCCAGCUGCCCCUCUCCCUCCAAGCCUCCCUACUCAAAGAGGAGAGUGAUAGAAGAGGUGGGUGGAGAGCCUUCGAGAGGUCAUCUCCAUAGGUGAACAGAGGGCACCUCAGCAGGCUGCUUAUCCAGAUCACAUGCCCCUUUGGCUGGGGCACAGUCUUCCUUUCUCUUCGGGCUUGUGGGCUGAUACCAGAUCUGGGAAUUUUCUAAAGGGACUGGGGGGAGGGAAGGUUGUUGUCAGUGGUGGUAUCUUUAGCCUGAGACAGAAGAUUUUUAAAGGCAAAAUUAUAUUUCUGGUUUGUUGUUUCAGAAGACCAAUAAAGACUGUAUUUUCCUAUGUA